AUGGUGGAGGUGGGGGCAGAUCUGGAGUGCAUGGUGGAGGUGGGGGCAGAUCUGGAGUGCAUGGUGGAGGUGGGGGCAGGUCUGGAGUGCAUGGUGGAGGUGGGGGCAGCCUGUGCCCUCUACCCCAGCCACCACCACCCCUCCCUGGCGGGAGCUCGGCCAUGUAGAGAGCGAAGAGGAGAGGACGCCCACAUCUCUCUCAGCACUUUCUACACAAAGAGGCAGCUCCAGCAGGAGGAACAGCGGGAGCGGCAGCAGCAGCAGCAACAACAACAACAUCAACAACAACAACAACAACAACAUCAACAGCAACAACAACAGCAGCAGGCGGCCAUGCUGUACCAGCAGCAGCAUCAACAACACCAGCAUCAGCACCAGCAUCAGCAUCAGCACCACCAGCAUCAGCACCAGCAGAGGAUGGCCGGCCCCCCAGCCCCCACCCCUGCCAUCAACGCCCCGCCAGCCCACAUCCAGGGCCCCAUGCAGGUGCCCAUGGAGGUCCUCAAGGUGCAGACUCACCUGGAGAACCCCACUGACUACCACAUCCGGCAGUCUCAGCGUCAGCAGGUGAAGGAGUACCUGUCCUCCACCUACAUCCCCAAGCAGGCGGUGCACGCCAUCUCCGGGGUGGUGCAGCCAUCUCCCCCGUCCCCACUGCCACCGCCGGGCGCCGGACGGCACGCCCGCUUAGCAUCGCCGCCUCCCUCCCCGCGUGCGCACGGGCAGCUGGUCAGCUCACGCCCGAGCAGCCCCGCCAGCCCUAUGGCCAUGCUCAACAUCGGCCAUGAGAAUGAGAUGGAUGAGGUUAUUGAUGACAUCAUCAGUCUGCAGUCCAGUUACGAUGAUAUUCAGGCCUACAUUGACCCGGUCCAGAUGCCAAAUACACUCCCCUUGUCUAGUAGCCAUCUGGAUGUCUACACCGGUCCAGGGAUGACUGGUCCAGCCAUUGCCAUGACGAGCAACUCCUGCCCCGCCAACCUGUCAAUUAAACGAGAGCUGUCAGAUGCAGAAGCCCGUGCAAUGGCCAAGGAGAGACAGAAGAAAGAUAACCACAACCUGAUCGAGAGGAGGAGGCGUUUCAACAUCAACGACCGCAUCAAAGAGCUCGGCACCAUGAUCCCCAAAACCAACGACCUGGACGUGCGAUGGAAUAAGGGCACCAUCCUGCGGGCCUCAGUGGAGUACAUCAAGCGCAUGCAGAAGGACGUGCAGCGGAGCCGCGAGGUGGAGAGCAACUUCAAGAGGAUGGAGAUGGCCAACAAGCAGCUGUGGCUGCGCAUCCAGGAGUUGGAGAUGCAGGCUCGACUGCACGGCCUGCCUUGCACCUCCCCCUCUGGCUUCAGCAACGCCGACCUGCUGGGUCCCUUCGUCAAGCAGGAGGUCAGCCCGGAGGAGAACCACCACCCUCAGCAGCAGCAGCAGCACCCCCAGGCCCACGCCCAGCACCACCCCCAGGCCCAGGGCCAGCCUGCCACCCCCACCCCUCCCACCCCCCACCUCCAGCACCCCCAGGCGCAGGGCCUGCCCCCUCUGCCCCAGCACCUGCACCCCCAGCCCCCUCUGCAGUACCCCGCCGUGGGCAGCUCCCAGCACUUUGACUUUGCCCAGUCGCUGGACUUGUGCGACGGAGGCGGGUACGUGGAUGGCAUGGGGGAGAUGGGCGAGCUGGGUCCGCUGGGUGGCAUGGGCGGAGGAGGAGGAGGAGGAGCCAUGGGGAAGAAGAACGACCUGGGCUUCAUGCUGAUGGAUGAGACACUCUCACCACUAGGGGGCGACCCGCUGCUGUCAGCCAUGUCCCCAGAGGCGUCCAUCGACAGUAGCCGCCGGAGCAGCUUCAGCCUGGACGACAGCGACAUACUGUGACACACACAACUGCACACUCGCAUGCAUAUACACACACACACACUCUCUCACACACACACACACACAGUUAAGAAACAUGGCACAAUGCUCACACAGUUCCAAGCAAAAUGAAACACACACUCACAUACAGCUGAUGUAAAUGACACACAACACUCUAUGGUACACACAUACACACACACACAGUAAUGCAGGUGUGCUCACCUGCUCAGCUGAAACCUUCAAAACACACAUCACACAAACUUGAAUAAACACGGUAGGCAGACAUAAAUUAGUACUUAAUGGCACACACACACACACACACACACACACACACACACAUGCACACACACGUCCCCGAGUGCCUCCCCUUUGUCAGAUCCAUAAGAUUCUCGUCCUUGAAGGGAAACUGCCAGGCCAUUCUCUGUGUCUCUGUUAUUGAAGCGUCUUUAUUGUCACACACCUUCAGAUGACCAUCACACACACACACACACACACACACAGCAUCAGGGCCACCGUGUGUGUGCCAUCCCAAACAAAGGUAGUCCCUGGCUUCCCUCGGUGCCAGUUGGUUAAGUUUGUGCAGGGAAGAUGGCCAUCACACACACACACACACACACACACACACACACACACACACACACACAGAGGGAAGAUGGCCAUCACACACACACACACACAGGGAAGAUGGCCGGGCGGUCACUGCUACGUGAGCUCAGAACACACGCGUAGCAUUUUAAAGAAGUGUGCUUCCUGUUCCCUGUUCCCAAGAUACUGUGGGACAGACAGCUGGCAUUCAACGACACCCUUAGGCCAUGCCGUCCUCUUCAGGUGUGAUCACACACACACACACACACACACACACAUGUACACACACAUACACACACACACACACACACACA